CCGCGAAGUCAUAAUUCGAUUAACGAGGAAAGCUAGUCUAUUCGCCGGUUUGAAUUGAAAAUUCAGAGAAAGAAUUACAUUCUUCUAAACUUAUAUCCUAAUUACUACCCACAGAAUUAGCAUCCAAGCGAAAAUCUCCAUAUUAUGGCUACCAUAGCCCCGCCGCCCUCGAAGCGACAGAGACGCGAAGCUCUAGAGCGCACCCAGAUCCAACAAGAUGUCACACCCCCGGUUAUCGAAGCCGGCUCCUUCAAGGCGCGAUUCGUAGACAACGACGGGAACCAAUUGGCCGAUACGAUAGAAGUACCCCUAGCAGAUGCGACCGAGAAAAACGUGUCUUUGCUGCUGAAUACUUUACUAGGAAGGGAACGUGAAGAGUUUACACCCUAUCGCUUUCGCAUACAUAUACCCAACUCAGAUGUGGUUGUCGAUAACUACCCGACACCGUCGGAAUUCCUAGCAGUCCUCCGUAAACAUGGCAUCGAAAAUCCCUUCGAAACGACGAUAACCUUAGCCGCCGAGCCCCAGGCAGUAUUCAAAGUACAAGCCGUGACGCGCAUGUCAAAUAGGAUACCGGGACAUGGGGAAGCCAUCUUAACAGCGCAGUUCUCGCCCAAGACGAGCAGUCUACUAGCUACUGGGUCCGGCGAUAACACGGCGAGAAUAUGGAACACAGAUAGCGGGACGCCAAAGUACACUCUCAAAGGCCAUACGGGUUGGGUCUUGGCGCUGGCAUGGAGUCCGGAUGGGCAGAAUUUAGCUACUGGUAGUAUGGACAAGACCGUUCGGAUAUGGGACGAAUCCGGGCAAUCUUUCGGCAAGCCGUUUAAUGGUCACUCUAAAUGGAUCACGAGCAUUGCAUGGCAGCCAUUCCAUUUAUGGUGUGACGACACGCCAAAAUUAGCAAGCGCUAGCAAAGAUGCCACGAUUCGCAUAUGGAUUGUGAAUACUGGUAGGACAGAACACGUUCUCUCUGGACAUAAGGGUAGUGUUAGCUGCGUUAGAUGGGGCGGAACGGAUCUUAUCUACAGUGCCAGCCAAGAUAAGACAGUGAAGGUAUGGGACGCAGUGAGCGGGACGCUAAAACAUACGUUGUCUUCGCAUGCCCAUUGGGUGAAUCACCUUGCGCUCUCUACGGAUUUUGUGCUCCGGACAGCCUUCUAUGACCAUACAAAAAAUGUACCGGCAUCUACGGAGGAAAAGCGGGUGAAGGCGAAGGAACGGUUCGAGAAGGCGGCAAAGCAGCAAGGCAAGAUAGCUGAACGGGUCAUCUCCGCCAGUGACGACUUCACGAUGUACCUCUGGGACCCGGCUCAGGGGACGAAGCCCCUAGCACGUCUUUUAGGGCACCAGAAACAAGUGAAUCACGUUUCAUUCUCCCCAGACGGGAACCUGAUUGCUAGCGCUGGUUGGGACAAUCACAUCAAGAUAUGGGCCCGCGACGGGAAAUUUCUGACGACAUUGCGAGGACAUGUCGCACCUGUAUACCAAUGUGCUUUCUCGGCCGAUUCGCGCCUUCUCUGCUCUGGAUCGAGGGAUACUACUCUGAAAGUAUGGGAUAUGCGAUCUUUCAAACUAUCGGUUGAUUUACCCGGCCACGAAGAUGAGGUAUAUGCGUUAGAUUGGUCCUUGGAUGGCCGGCUGGUUGGGUCCGGAGGGAAAGACAAAGCCGUACGGCUCUGGCGAAAUUGAUGGAAAAAUGAUGUUUCAGAGCUGAGUCGAGAUAAGCUCAUUGUAAACUCAUUGCCGGGCUCCACCACCUUGGAAGCUGGACCGCUCUAGCCACUAGAACUGCAUAACGUUACAUACAGAUGCCCUCGUAAAUCAUUUAUUG